AUGGCGCGGAAGGGGCGGAGGACGGAGGACGCGUGGAUGAAGAACCACCCGAUGGAGGGGGACGACGUCGUCACGAGCUUCUACGACCUGCUCUGCAAGCGCAACCCCAAGACGAUGAAGCCGUGCCGCAACGUGUUUGUGCCCGACACGGUGGUGUACGAGCACAACUUCCCGCGCGGGUGGUACACGACGGACGUGCGGGCGCGCGAGGUGACGCGGCGGCAGGGCAAGGACCUCGACGCCGCCACGAUCGAGGCGGGCUUCAAGCGGGGCGUGAGCGAGACGUGCCCCAUCGUGGCGACGUACCUGUCGACGCUGGAGGAGGACGUGGGCGGCGGCGCCAGCGAGACCACCACGCAGGUGGAGGUGCUCAACACGGAGAGCGUCGGCGGCUUCAUCGCGCGCAAGACGAAGCGGGCGGGCAUCCUGCAGCGCUUCGUGUUCCCGAAGGGGUACCACAACAGCGUCAUCAGGGCGGUGUGGAGCCCCCGCGUCGCCAUGAUUCAGCGGCGCACGAACAAGUUCCCCAUCGCGGACCGCAAGCGCGCGGAGAACGACCCCUUUGCCAUCACCGUGACGUACGAGGGGCCGGAGUACCUGAGCGAGGAGGGCGCCGUCUCGGCACACGUCGCGUUCGAGGUGAAGAGCGUGUGCGCCGACAUCGUGACGCACUUCUUCUACACGGAGCACAAGUACAUCACGCGGAUGGUGCUCUACUUCAAGAGCGACGCGAGGGACCGGCUGUGGCUGCUGUGGUGCGGCUCGCUGCGGGUGGCGGACCGCAACUCGGCGAGCGAGAUGCCGGUGAACCUGGCGCCGAAGUUCGGUGAGCCGGCGCAGGAGGGCGACCUCGACGAGGACGUGGCGCUGCGCACCGCCGACCAGGCGUACUUCCUCGUGACCCGCGACGAGUUCUUCCGCGAGACGUACAUGCGCGGCGAGCGGCCGGCGGAGACGCGGGCGGCGCGCUCGAGGGAGUCGCGGUCGCAGGCGCCGGUGUCUUCCGCGGCGGGGGCGGGGGCGGACGCGGCGGCGGCGGCGAGGGGCGGCGACGGCGGAGAGGAGCUGCCGGCGGAGCUGCGGGCGCCGAGGGAGCGGCUGCGGGCGCAGGAGGCGCUGGUGCUGGAUGCCUUCAGCGACCUCUUCUACAGGGCGUACAGCCACUUCCUCGGCGGUGCCGCCGCGCCGUUUCUGCUGCUGGUGCCCCCGCAGGUGGUGGACGCUCUCACGGAGGGCGGCGUGGCGGAGCUGAUGCGUGUGCUGAGGCUGCAGCCGGAGCCCGGCGUGGGCGGGGACGGCGCGGGGGCGGGGGCGAUGGCGUACGCGAUUCCCCCCCGGUUCAGGGCGCCCCUCGCGCAGGUGGGCGACACCGCGGCGGGCUGGAUCCGCGAGCACUUCGCGGCCCGCUGGGAGGCGGUGAGGCAGGGCGCCCUUGCUGGCGGCGGGCCGGCGCGCGUGCCGUCUGCUGGCGCGGGGGCGGAGCGGGCGGAGGGGCGGGCCGGCGACGAUGGUGACGCGCAGCUGCGGGCGGCAGCCGCGGCCGUGGGAGGCGGCGGCGCCGAGUCCCCCCCGUGA